CCCAACAACUACCAACGACUAUUACCAAAUGAUACACGACAGACAAUGUCAUCCAGAGUCAGCCUCAGAAGAUCAUGUCAAACGUGCGCAAAACUCAAGCGCCGCUGCGACCAGCGCUUACCUCAAUGCAACCGGUGCGCGGCGAAGGGAACCCCCUGCGAGUACAUCAACACGCCGUGGGCGGUGGGAAAGAGGUCCAAUGGGCCCCUAGCAAGCGUAAAGGCAACUAGUCCGAUGAACCGGCCAUUGCAUUUGGAGAUUAUUAAGACAUUCGAUGGGGCAAUCAUUCGAUUUCUGGUUGACGGCAUGCGAACAUUUCCAGUGACUUUCGCGCAGCAGAUGAAAACGCUGUUUAUUCAUCCCGACUUGUACAGGAGUUCGAGUCACUCGGGGCCAAUUCAGGAGAUUCAUACGCUUUGCAAGUCUUAUCAGAGUGAUGUUUAUUCGCCGCGGUUGUUCGGGAUUCUCCGACAGAAGGCAGUUCAGAUUCAUCGCCACGCUACCCACACCUCUUCAUUUGAGGAGCUUCUCUUCUGCGUGCAGGCUUUGAUUCUCUCACAUUGCAUACUGGCUUUUGAUGACCAGGAGAACAGCCAAUACAGCGAGGCGACUAGCACCAUGCUAACCAAUAUGGCCUUGAAAUUGUGGCACCAAGCACCCAUCCAACUCCCGCAUGCAAUGAGUGCGCGACGAGCUUGGCUUUUUGCAGAGAGUGUCCGGCGCACGAUUAUUAUCGCGUACAUGCUCUGCAGCGCGUACUCAUUCAGAAAAAGGAGUUUCUCGGUCCGCACGCCGUUCGUCGAUGCAUUGCCGUUCGACGUCCGGACAUCCAUGUGGGAUGAGUCGGUUGAUAGCGAGUGGGAAGAGAAGGCGCGAUAUGCGCCUGUGGCGAUGGUCUCCUUACGGGAAUACUCGGAUAUGUUGGAGGGUGGAAGGGUUCAUGGAAUUUCAUUUUUCGGAAGUUUGAUUCUUGCGGCUUGUAAAGGAUUACCAGCGAAGAAGGUUGCAUUUCCACCGGUGCAGGGUUACAGAGAAAUCUCUCUUUGAAGUCAUCAUUUGGCAUGAACUACUAAUGAAGAUAAUGAACACUAUAUCCAAUUAAUAUAUAGAAUAUAUGACUUGCACCAUUGCGCUCGAAUCACCGCAGAAACUGCUUAAGCACUUCCGUCAACCCUGCCGUCAAGUUUUCAUAAACGCUCUGCCUCUUCGGCUCAAACGCAUCAAAGAUCUCCUUUGCCGAACCAACCGCAAUUUGCUCCUCGCCUUUCAGCAGACUACUCCACAUCUCAUCCGCAAAUUCCUGCAACGGCAUCCCAAUUAAAUGCCCAUUCUCAAGAUCCGGCUGGUG